CAUUGACAAGCAGGAAAAGCACUACAAAAGGCAGUCUUAACGUUUCGUUUCUAAUCUCACUGGAGUUCGGCAGGACAUAGCAGAGGUUAUCCUAGUGUCUUGACAAAAUGGCACUACCUGCACCAACAUAGGCAAUUGUAAUCAAUUACCGGCCAUGAUGAGUAAUCAAAGUUACUUUUUUUGUAAUGAUAACUUGAUUGGUAUAAGAACCCACUGGCCCUUUUCUGUGUUUGUGCCGGAAUAAUGCAACUUGGACAUAUUGAUUACAUUGUUGGAGUUUGUAGCCAAUGGCGUUUGUUUGUGUGUGUGUCAGGUCUGUAUCAGCUUAAAGGUCACACAUUUAUGGUCGGUCGCGGUCAGAUUAUUGAACUGGCACAACCCCCAACAUAUUGUGUCGUGAGUGUGUGCAGAGCGCUAUUGUGCAACGCCAUCAGAUCAGGCGCAUCCCAGAAUGACAAUAUAUGCAAUCCGCUGGUGUUCUGCCGCACAUAUAUAGCAUACGCAGGAUACCGACACAUUGGCUAAAUAUCCUUUGCUUACACAUUCCUCUCAAACGCUUACAGUCAUGAUGAUUGUGACCGACAUUCUCGGAGCUGGCGAUGAUCUUUGAAGUCAUUUUGGAGGCGACGGAGACCGCAGUGUACACAAUGUCUGCAAAGGGGCAAGCGGGUUACACCUAUGAAUUCCAGGAUAUUUCACACCCGGCACAGUUCUUGGACUCAAUGUGGGAGUUUUACACCGAUGGGCUCUUCACAGAUGUUACCCUCCAGUGCGACAGUGGUCAAGUGUUCCAUUGUCACAGAGUAGCUCUAGCUGCGCGCAUCCCCUUUUUCAAAGUGAUGUUUACUGCUGACAUGCGCGAGAAGACUGACGGCCUAGUGCGACUGCCAGGGAUGGAUAGCGAAGUGCUCAGCAUGCUCAUAGAGUUUAUGUACACAUCCAUGGUGACGAUAACCCAGGGGAACGUGGAGAAGCUUCUGGAGGCUGCAAACAUGCUGCAGCUCAGACCGAUAAAGACUGCAUGUGAGGAGUUCCUGGUGCAACUUCUGGAUGUGGAUAAUUGUCUGGGCAUUCAAGCGUUCGCUGAGCUCCAUGCAUGCACACGUCUAGACAGGGAGGCACGCAGAAUGGUGCUCUUCCAAUUUGAGGAGCUUGCUGGCCAAGAGGAAUUUUUAGAGGUCAGUUUUGACCACCUUCACUCCAUCCUCUCCACCAAGAAUCUCAACGUGAAGAGGCAGGAGGUUCUGGUGGACGCGCUGAUCAAGUGGGUCAGUCAUAGUGCCCUGACUCGUUUGGGCCACACGCAGGCCCUGCUGCACUGCAUAAAUAUGGACCUGGAUGAAAAGAACUUCUUCAGAACCAUCCUAAAGUCCCAGAGGAUCUGCUCGGACCUGAGUGAGCCAGAGCGGAUCCAUUCUGCGGUCAUUUCCUCCCUCAUGCCCGGUUUCACCAUUAUAGGUCUGAGCUGCAAGAAGGCCACCACCAGCAUGUAUAUAAUCGGAGGCUACCACUGGCAUCCACUCUCCGAGGUCCAUGUUUGGGACCCACUGUCGAACAUAUGGGCUCAGGGCACAGACAUGCCCGACCACACCCGAGAGAGCUACAGCGUCACCCAGCUGGGGCCAAGCAUCUAUGUCUCUGGGGGCUAUCGGGCGGAUAUAGUCGAGGCCCUGAAUGCACUGUGGGUGUACCAUAGCGACCAGGAUGAGUGGACACCUGGAUGCCCCAUGUUGGGGGCUCGCUACUACCACUGCUCUGUGGCACUGCAUGGGUGUGUGUAUGCCAUUGGCGGCUACAGAGGAGGAGCUCCUACUGCUGAGACUGAGUUCUAUGACCCACUCAAGAAGAAGUGGUUCCCAGUGGCAAAUAUGAUCCAAGGUGUGGGGAAUGGCACUGCAUGUGUUCUACGUGACAACAUUUAUGUAACAGGUGGUCACUACGGUUACAAAGGAAGCUGCACAUAUGAGAAGAUUCAGAUGUACAGGGCAGAUCUGAAUGAGUGGAGCAUUGCCACCACCUGUCCCCACCCAGAGUACGGCCUCUGCUCAGUCUCGCUGAACAACAGGCUUUAUGUGGUAGGGGGCCAGACUACUGUGACAGACUGCUACGACCCGAAAACAGACAAGUGGAUCAAACUCUCUGACAUGAAGGAGAGGAGGAUGGAGUGUGGUGCUGUGGCCUUGAAUGGCUUUGUUUACGUUACUGGCGGUUACUCGUACACCAAAGGCACAUACCUGCACAGCAUGGAGUGGUACGACCCAGAGUACGACACCUGGGAGAUUGUGGGUACGCUUCCCAGUGCGGCAAGAUCCCAUGGUUGUGUCUGUGUUUACAAUCUGUAGGUGCAAUGUCCACCAGGAUAUAUGGGCGAGUAAAAGCAUGGAGGUAUGGUAUAGAACUGGAGAGGGUGAUCAAUUGCCAUUCACUCUCAUCUCACAUUGAGUUCCCUGGCUAGUGCAUUCAGCCUAGCAAGAAUGGAAGCAGGGCACCUCCUUCCAUGCUGAAAGGACACUUAGUUUCCAUACAUGAUGACUAGUCUGAUGGUUUAAACACUUCAUGUUAUGGGCCAAAAUGAUGAUGAAAAAUAUAAUAUAUAGCUAUGUCAGAAACUGAAAGUUUGUAUUGAAAAUGCUCAAUCUCAUCAAAAGAAACCUUUUCUAUGGGGAAUCUCACUUUUCCCCCGUGUAGCCUAAUUUAAUUACAGCAUUUGACCAGCAGGGGCUAGCUGAUACCCAGCUAAAACCAUCUUGAGAGACCAGACACUGCCAGAUUUGUGUGCCAACCAAGGAUGAAUGGACAGUAGAGAAUAAGAAUGGCCAGGGUAUGAAACUCAGGGAACAUUUUUUACAACAGACCUCAAACAUAAAUAAUAUUAUUUAUUUUUAUUUAUUUUCACCAGUGAUAUUUUAUGCAUAUUUUGUAUGGUUCAAAGGAUAAUAUGUAAUGAAUGUCCUGCUGUGAUUUUAUAAAUGCGAACUCAAACAUAGACUCUACAACAAGAUGAGGCUUUAAAUACAAAAAAAGGUAAAUGAGUUGUGAUAUGUAGAUUGGCUUUUAGACAAUUUAUGUAAUCUGUGAGGUUGUGUUGUCUGCGAGACCACAAUUUAUUCAGGAUUCAUCCAGGGAUAUAAGCUAGUGAAUGAAUGAAUAUGUGAGUGUGCUGUUUUGUCUGUCUGGAUGAAGGACAUGUUUAAUAUUUUAUGUAACUCUUUUUCUUAUGUCAGUCUGUUUGGGAACUUCUUUAUAUAUUUAAACAUGAUUGAAAGGUGUGCAGAAUGAAGUUGUGUGAAAAUAAAUAUUUUUUUGCUGCUCCUUA